AAGUGAAUUUCAGUAAUGAUACCUGCAACUUUCCCCCCCAGAAUAAAUUCAUCACAUAACCUGGCUGUGACCACUUACCUCUUCGAAGAAUUAAGGUCAACUUUUACAGACGUUGACCCUGAAUGUGUAAAAGCAGGUUGGAAGAUGUAUUUUGAGACUUUGCGGAGGAAGUAUUCUUUGGCUCAGCCUGAAAAGGCCCAGAAAAGAAAAACUAUGACGAGCAUUGCAAAGAACCUUCAAAGAAAGCGACUGUUGCUGGAGACCAGGUCCGGGGUUGUACAAACCAACACAGAAAAGGAACUUUGGAAGACCGCAACAAUAGAACUGAUGUCUGAUGAAGAUGAUGCUAUUGUUGAUGGAAGGCCAGUGUGAAUGGUGAGGUCUCCACCAAUCUGCUCUCUGCUAGGUACUAUAAAACAGACUAGAGGCUGACCCACACUAUGCGUCACACCACCAGCGUAUCAUGGCAGUUUGAAAAAUGUUAACUCGUAUAAAAAAAAAAAA